AUCGCGACCUGGCUGAAGUCGGACGCUUAACCGACUGCGCCACCCAGGCGCCCCGAGGAGAGACUUUUUUGUAGAAGUUCCACUAUGAUCUCUACAUUGUCGAUUUCUUAAAUAUCUUUGGCUUACCCUGUGCGCUGAAGGAACGGCAACUUUCCAGCUAAAGAAAACCUUUUUCUGAACUGUCCAUGUUUCUUCAGAAAAAGAAACAAUACCCUGAAACUACCAGCUAAACCGAGCAGAGUGUCGUGUCGUUAGAGAAGUAGAUUGCCCAAAGAUGGUAAGCAGAUAGAUAAAGGAGAGCCAGCAUUAAGUGCCGCACACUCAUGUGAUUCUGAACGUCAAAGGAGAUUAACGCCACAGUCCCAAGAUCUUUGUAGUGGUUUGUUCAGCGUAGGUGAAUAAAGCAUCCACCUUACUGUGCGAGGUACCGUAGGGAUCGCAAAGACAGGUAAGAUCACCAAGGAGCCAAGUUUCGGAGAGGGCAGUUGAGAACUACGUAGCAGAAGAUACUGGAUGAGGCAGAGUGUGGUGAAGGCGUGCUCUAAUGGACAAAGGUUUCUGUAGGGUGUGAAGAGGGGCCGGAAAUGGCCUCGGAGAUGGCCCUUGAAAGAUAGAUUAGGCUUUAAACAGGAGAAAAUGGGGACAAAGGGUAAGAGCAAGAGGUCUUUUGAGGGAGUCCCCGUGUGAGGAAUGACAGGGCGGAGGUCAGCCCCACACGUGGCAGGGAGGGCAGAGCCUGGUCAUGGUCCGUCUGAGUUGAAACUGAGGAACGGUGCUGCCUGGCAGAGCAGACCGCGGAAGCCCGUGCAGAGGGCGGCUCUGAUGCCUGGCUAAGGAACGUGGGGAAAUCAGAAGCGGUGUGUGAUGAGGCGGGCGACUGUGGCGCAUCAUCUGGUCUGCGCUGGAGAACCUGGAGGCCUGGAACGCAGUUCUUUCCGUGAUUCAGCAGAAGGGGAUGAGCACUGGGUUACGUUGGUGGCUGUGGGAACGAAGGGCACCUGUCUUUCCUGCUCUGCCAGGAUGUGGCUGGCGAUUGAUCACAAACACGGAAACUUGUUUGGCCUCUUGCACCCCGUGCUCACUCCCGAUCUGCAGAGGUAAAUGGUGAAAUAACUUAGCAGUUGAACUCUUCCUUCGUUCACUUCACGUAAACCCCUCUCGUAGUUGAGUGGGUGAAUUGUUUGCGGCCCCGAAUUGCUGAACGGGUGCUUCUGAGGCCUAUUCAGAAGGUAACGAGAUUUCCCAUUUUAAAAGCGCACAAAGACUGUGGAACGGGACCGUUUGGUCUGAAUUUUGGAGCUGCUGGAACUUCCUGUUGCUUUAGUGAUCAAAAACAAACACACCUCAAUAUCCGUGGCCUUUAUGCCGAAUGUUUAGAUAUGAUAGGUUUAUACAGCACGAGGGAGGAACUUAGCCCAAAUGAAAUGAGCAGCGGCCCUGGAAGUUUGGGGGUUAACCAGAGUCAGUCCUGGCGGACAGCCGCCCCACUUGCCCCUCUGCGCCUGCCCCUCGUGCCAGUGGUGCCAGGCCCGUGGGUGGUUGCGGCUGGAGGUACUGAGGAAGCGGACGCUGACACAGCCAGAUUUCCACGUUCCCUUUUGUCACUGCAGCCGAGACGGGUGCCGUUGAACAGAUCACUGGAGGAGCGGAGGAUCACGGAAGGAGUUGUGUGGUGCGUGGGUCGUGCUGGAACCAGCGGUCUCUGGAUUCUGCUCUCAGGCUAGCGCUCGCUCUUCACCGUAAUCACAGAGAACCAUCUUACUGAGUUUCACACCAAACUCCGUACCAUCACAGUUACAUUUUGGAUGCACUUGAAUUGCCUUUGCCUCAGCUGACAGUGUUACGUGCUCCCUGGGAGAAGGAUGCUGAAACAAAACAGGAAUUGUGGGAGGCGCUCCUGUGAAGAAAUGGACCAGUGUGCGUAAUCAUGGAAUCUCCUUGCUAACCUGCUCUCCUUGAGAAGUGAGAGAGAGAGUGGGUCGGGGAGAAGGAAAAGAGGUCAACAUGAAGCUAAAGCAGCGAGUCGUGCUGUUAGCAAUUCUUCUUGUCAUCUUUAUCUUCACCAAAGUUUUCCUGAUUGACAACUUAGACACAUCAGCGGCAAACCGAGAGGACCAGAGGGCUUUUCACAGAAUGAUGGCUGGCUUGCGGGUAGAGCUGGUGCCCAAGCUGGACCACACCUUGCAGUCUCCCUGGGAGAUUGCAGCCCAGUGGGUGGUUCCACGGGAAGUGUACCCAGAAGAGACCCCAGAGCUGGGGGCGAUCAUGCAUGCCAUGGCCACCAAGAAGAUCAUUAAAGCUGAUGUGGGGUAUAAAGGGACACAACUGAAAGCCUUACUGAUACUUGAAGGAGGACAGAAAGUCGUCUUCAAACCUAAGCGGUAUAACCGAGACUAUGUGGUAGAAGGGGAGCCGUAUGCUGGCUAUGAUAGACACAAUGCAGAGGUAGCAGCCUUUCAUUUGGACAGGAUCCUGGGUUUCCGCCGAGCGCCCUUAGUGGUUGGCAGAUUUGUUAAUCUGCGGACAGAGAUCAAGCCUGUUGCCACGGAGCAGCUGUUGAGCACCUUCCUAACCGUAGGAAAUAAUACUUGUUUCUACGGGAAGUGUUACUACUGCCGAGAAACGGAGCCAGCUUGUGCCGAUGGAGACACAAUGGAGGGGUCUGUCACGCUGUGGCUUCCGGAUGUGUGGCCUCUGCAGAAACACCGACACCCGUGGGGCAGGACUUACCGAGAGGGCAAACUGGCCAGGUGGGAGUACGACGAGAGCUACUGCGACGCCGUGAAGAAAACGUCCCCUUACGACUCCGGCCCGCGCCUCCUGGACAUCAUCGACACCGCAGUCUUCGAUUACCUGAUCGGCAACGCUGACCGCCAUCACUAUGAGAGUUUUCAAGACGACGAAGGCGCUAGCAUGCUCAUCCUUCUCGAUAAUGCCAAAAGCUUUGGGAACCCAUCACUGGAUGAGAGAAGCAUUCUUGCCCCCCUCUAUCAGUGUUGCAUCAUUCGGGUUUCUACCUGGAACAGACUGAACUACCUAAAGAAUGGUGUGCUGAAGUCUGCCUUAAAAUCCGCCAUGGCCCAUGACCCCAUCUCCCCCGUGCUGUCUGAGCCUCACCUGGACGCCGUGGACCAGCGGCUCCUGAGCGUCCUGGCCACCGUGAAGCAGUGCACUGACCAGUUUGGGGCGGACGCUGUGCUGGUGGAAGACAGGAUGCCUCUUUCCCACUUGUAAUUCGCCACACAAAAUAAGUGAAACUACUUUUUACAAAGCUAGAGAAACAGCACAAUCACUUCCAAAUGGUAUGCGAUGGAUUGGAAACGGCCGGCGGCAAGCUCUGGGUGACAGGGGACGGGGUGGCCUUGGAUUCCUUUGGUGAUUUCUGUAGGAGAAACUAAAGCAGAGACGACAGGUUGCAGACCCCAGGAGCCUUCCUGCCAGACCACCCGACCCCCUCGGCAUCUGCGCACCCCCGCGGUGGGCCUCCUGCUUGGUCCGUCCUAACUCACGUGCCAAAGGGUGGAUCGAGGUGUGGCGCCUGGAUGGGUUAAUGCUGGGGUUGGUUCUGGAGCGUGUAGUUCGAGUUCAUCUUCUAAUCCUUUCUCCACACCUGUGGAUUUUCUGAGAACACUUUGUAAUCUCUUGAGUCCUUUUGUAACCAGGACUAGUCCAGUUGGGAGUUUUCCUGCCUCCUGAGGAGUAGCAGCCAGUAAGACCUGGCGUUCUGUUGAGCCCAAAUAGCAUGCUCUCCUGGGAGGGAUAUGUUUUUAGGCUAGAAUUAGUGGGAAAGACAAAGGCAGGAAAGACGCUCGGGCUCCUUCCUAAGUGAUUGGGUGGUAGUGUUCUUCGGGAUAGUUCAGAGGAGGGAAGAAGGGGCAGAACCAGAAUCGGAGAAGCCCCCCUGGCAGGUGCGUAAACGCAGACGUGACUCGAACCUCAGCGAGACCCGCAUUCCCACGGUGGUGUCCCAGUUAACCCGGAAGUUGUCCAAGUGUGAUUCUCUCACGGAGACUUUCUUUUUCCCUUUUGCCCCAAGCAGGCACAUCUUUUCUAAAUUAACAAAGCGAAUUGAGGUGAUACCUUGAAUAAGAGUGAAGUUGCCUGUGAUCUCUGCCAUCCUGAUUUCUUUUCGGAAAUGAAUUUCCACCUCAGCCUUUAAGGCAUUUGGUCACCGAAGCCUCUGUUCCCGAGAGAAUGGCAGUGCUGUUUGUGCCUUUCUCAUGAGAACGACCAGCUUGCUCCCGGAGCGGACGGUGCUCGUCCUGCUGGCGGCUGGACCUGUCCUGUGACUUGGGCCUUGCAGAAGAUUGGGAACAAAAAUUUUAAGCAUUCUGAGCCUUAAAAUUCAGGAGGUCACCAGGAAGGGCCUUAAGAUUUUGAUUUAUAUCAAGCCCUAACGUCCUCAUUUCAUUUCAUCGGGCGUUCUGAACCGGUGGUGUGGGAUCGUUUUCCCGUGUCCUCUCACUGCCCACGACCCGGGCUCAGUGCGGUCUGUGUUCCUGCAGAGCGACUCGGACCCGUAAGCAGUUGCAGUAAAGCACAGGGCCCCAGGGGGACAGGCUCGGUGCGCCCGCCCACCGGGGACCCAUGUCUCCUGCCUCUUGUCCGGGUGCCGGUCCAGCGUCUCACUUCUGUCAAGCAGAGACUAGUACUUAAAGCGUGUGGGCGAGCCGAUUUAAUGCCAGCCAUCGGAGACCGGUGUCAGGCAGCCACCCUUUCGAAAACAGCCUAGAAUGUAUGCCCUGAUUUUCUCGCAUUGAAAGGCCGCUAAGUAACCUGUCACCACUUAACAAUAGCAUGAGGUCAGGAUGCUUUUGUGCUUUGUAUGUACGUUUCGAGACAUACACAAGAAUGGGUUGGGCUCCUUGAAAAAGGAAUUUAAGAAGACAGGUAUUCGCACAAAACACUGAAGUCGGGUCAACAAAAGGAGGCCUUAGAUUCCGAUUUUUAAGGCCAUUUACACUGUGUAUCAAGUGAAAUUCACAGUUGAGCCUGAGAACACCUUGGGUAGUGCUGACCCAGAGUAUCAGGGAGCUGGCCGGAGGCAGAUGGCGGGAGGAGGCCGGCGCCGCCCGCGUGGGUGAAUGUUAGUCGGACUAAAUGACGGAUCGGUGCUCCUGCAGACAGACACGUGGCACCGGGAGUGUGUCCCAGUGGGAUGGGCGAGAAUUGGUCUCGAACUGGGAACUUCAUUCAUAAUGUUGAGGGUAGAAGAUACUGCUAAGGAAAAAAGCAGGAGGGAAAGCUGCUUUGAAAAUGUCACAUCCUUUUUUUCAAAACAUUGCAGAAAUGUUUAAUUUCAUUCUCUUUUCUACUGUUUUAAACUUCAUGAUCUUAAGAGGUGUUCAGAUCUAUCGUGGUUGAAGUCAUAUGCUAAUAGGGUGGUCGUGACAAGACUCUUAGAACAGAUUCAUGUUCUAAUCAGGAUUGGAUUAAGCUAGGAAAGCAUGUUUAGGCACAUCUUGGAAAAACCAAGCAUAGGCUUGUAGCCCUAAAAUUCAGAAAAACUAAAUUCUCUUUGAAAAUGGAGGUAGAUAUCUUUUUAAGUUCUGUGACCCUGUCCUCUUUGUGGUUUAUUUAGCGCUAUUAUACUCCGACAAGUUGCUGGAAGUGUUCUCGGACAGCCCGAGGUUGAGCGUGCCUGGGGGAACGUGUAAAGGUAGACAUGGGUACGUUUUAAUACUGUCAGACGAGGAGAAUCAGGACUGCCUGCCAUUUCCUUACCUCCUCCCACUUCCUAAAUACGUUUCUUCCAGAGUUUGGGAAAAUAUGGGUAUGGAAGUUACAUUCUAAAUUAUUCUCUAAUAUGAGGUUAUGUUGUGGGUUCGGAUGUAAAUAAUUGUGCAAAACAAAUUAAUAGGACCUGAUUUGCUCAGUUUUGUUCAAUAAUAUAUUAAUGAUGCAUUUCUCCCUGUUGCACUGAGGACUGAUGUGUCAAAUGAAAUUUAAGGAGGAAAUGGAAGAAUCCAGGUACAUCCAUUGCAUAUUAUUUUAGAAAAGAUGAAUCCUGUGUACGUGGCAAUUUUCCAGUGUCACCUGAACAACGAAUUCUCCCAAGGAAAUUCAUCUUUUCUUUUUCUUAAAAGAAAGGAAAAAAAAAAAAAAAGACUUCCGGCUUUCCCUUCCCAUCCACCAUAUCCUUCAGCUUCCAUUCUCAAUGGUCCCUGUAUUCUUGUUUGACCAGUGACAGGAAAACAGCAUCUGUCAGGGAGCUGUCUGGUAAGAGUUACCUUAUGAGCUGGAGCUUCAGGAAACAUGAGUAAAGGCGUACGUAUGUAUAUAAUCAUAGAUGUAUUGUAGCAAGAAAAAAAUGUAUUUAUUUUGACACAGGGAAGCACUGACUUAUGUUGCUGAAGAACUUGAAGCUAGUGAAAGGUUCUCUUCUCAGUCUCUGAGAGUGGACCCCAAGUGACAAAGACCAUUCACUGAGCAGGCGCCCGCUGAGCCGCUCCGCUGAGCCAGCCGUGGCUAGGCACACGAGUGAGCCACACAGACCUGACUUCGUGAAACCUAUUGUCCGGGGAAGGCCAGGUUUUCUCCCUUCGAUUCCUCAAGUCUGGGUUGCAAAGGCAGGGGCCGGGGACUCUACUGCCACAGGUUUCUAAGGAACCAAGGUGUUACAAGUACACAAUGAUUGCGGUGGGGGGGCGGGGAACUGGGAAUAACUUACUGGGAAGCUAAUUUAUUUGCUUAAGAGGAGGUGUGGGAACCAGUACCCUCCGUUUUGAUCUGCCAAGGAUUUCCUCUCAGAGCUGGUGCACAAAUAGAGGUGGGGCUUGGGAAGACACCAAACAAGACAGAUAUGCACCUAAAUUUCUAAUGUGUUCUAUGGGUUUCAAUUCUGAAGAAAAAAUAAAUAAAGAUUUUAUUAAGUAUU